AUGGUACAGGGACAUAUGGUUUGCCAGUCUAAGAACGACUGGGAGGUCCAAAGAUGUGACGGCUGGUACAACAAUUUAGGAUAUCCCAACCGCGGAGCCGUCGGUUCCCAUCUCAUGAGGCUCAUGCCCGCGCAUUACUCGGACGGUGUUGCCCAUCCAAUCCAGGAGCCGCAGCACCCAAACCCUCGACUCCUCAGCCGCGCUCUGACAGCUGGACCCUCCGGUCUGCCCUCAGCACGCAACCAAACCGUGCUCUCUGUUUUCUUUGGUUACCACUUGACGUUCGAGAUCUUUGAUUCCAGGAUGCCUGGAUGUCCCCCUGAGUUCAUGAACAUCGACAUUCCAAAGGGCGACCCGGUGUUCGACCCCUCCAGUACCGGAGAGGUCGAGCUUCCCUUCCACAGAGGGCCGUGGGACAAGGACUCUGGCCAGAGUCCAAAUAAUCCCCGGGUUCAGGUGAACCUGGUGACAGCCUGGAUUGACGGCAGCUCCAUCUACGGGCCCUCCUCCUCUUGGUCUGACACCCUGCGGAGCUUCUCCGGGGGGCUCCUGACCUCGGGCCACCAGUGGAACAUGCCCCGGCAGGACGUUCACCUGCGCAUGUGGAGCGCCCCGGACCCCUCCACGGGCGACCAUGGUCCCGCCGGUCUCUACGAGUUUGGCAAUGCCUGGGCCAAUGAGAACCUGUUCACAGCCGCUGAGGGGAUUAUCUGGUUUCGUUACCACAAUUACCUGGCCGUCCGGCUGAAAAUGGAGCAGCCAGGAUGGUCAGAUGAAAAGCUGUUCCAGCACGCCAGGAAGACCGUGGUGGCCACACUCCAGAACAUCGCCCUGUAUGAGUGGCUCCCGGUGUACCUCGGCAACGGGACUCUUCCGCUGUAUCCAGGUUAUCAGAAGUUUGUUGACCCAGGGAUUUCCCCUGAGUUUGAAGUGGCUGCCAUCCGCCUUGGCAUCACGGCGGUCCCACCUGGCGUCUACAUGAGGAACAGAACCUGCCAUUUCCGGGAGGUGGUGAAUGCUGACGGGAGCCUCUCCCCUGCACUGCGUCUGUGUAACAGCUUCUGGAAGCGUGAGAGUGUGAACAUGAGGACCGGUCAGGACGUGGACGACCUUGUCAUGGGCAUGGCCUCGCAGAUCGCAGAGAGGACCGACAAUGUGGUCGUGGAAGACCUGAGAGACUACAUGUAUGGUCCCCUUAGGUUCUCCCGCUCGGACCUGGUGGCUCUGACCAUCCAGAGGGGGCGGGACUUCGGCAUCCCCACCUACAGUGAGGUGAGGCAGGCCCUGGAUCUGCCUGCCAUCAUGACGUUCGGUGAGAUCAACCCAGAGCUGAACCGCAGCAACCCCCAGUUGUUCCAGGAUGUUGCAGAGCUGUACGACGGAGACGUCUCCAAACUGGAGCUCUUCCCCGGAGGCCUGCUGGAAGCUCUCCACGGCCCGGGGGCAGUGUUCUCCAGGGUCGUCCUGGAUCAGUUUGAGCGCAUCCGAAAUGGAGACCGCUUCUGGUUCGAGAACAGGCAGAAUGGUUUGUUCACCCCCAGCGAGAUCCAGGCACUCCGCAAGGUGACGUACCAUGAUGUCCUGGUGGCCGUCACCGGGGCAGAGGCCGGCGACGUGCAGGAACACGUCUUCCUAUGGAUGGACGGUGACCCGUGUGCUCAGCCAGCACAAGUCAAUGCUUCAGGGCUUCACCCUUGCACCCCAUUCACCACACUCAACUACUUUGACGGGAGCAAAGCUGGUUUCGGCAUCUUCGUUGUGUGCUUGUUCCUGUUCCCAGUGGUGAGCCUUAUUGUGGCUUGUAUGGUGGCGUAUAUCCGUAAGGCCAGGUACAAAAGGUUUAAGAAGAGAAGAAUGGCAGUGAGGGGAACAGAAGAGCCUGCUUCUGGGAUCAUGGCCUACGAGUGGUGCGGUCAUAAGAAGCCCCUGCAGUCCGUCAGUGUGGAGGUCAACGAGAAGAGGAGGGUGCAGGUGUUUGACCACGCUGGCUCGGUCCUCCGCAGCCUCAACCUUGGUAGCCAGACCAGCCUGAAGAUUCUUCUCUCCAAUGACCACCAGCAGAAAGUACUGCUGCUCAAAGUACCCAAAGAGUACGACCUGGUGUUGUUCUUUGAAGACGAAAGCAAGCGAGCAGAGCUGGUGAGGCAGCUGAACCCCGAGGCGGAGGGGUCGGGCCAGCAUAUCGCCGUGACGCAGAUGAGAGAGAAGGACAUCCUGGGCGAGGCGCUGACCAGGGAACAGCGGGCUCAGAUCGUGGAAACAUUCAUCCGCCAUGCGUUCUCCGAGGUGCUGGAGAUAGAGAAGAGAGACGCGGGGGACAUGAGCGGCACGGCCCGCCAUAAGACCCGGCAGGUCCUGCAGUGUGAGCUGGCGGCCACCGAGCUGGCCGACGCUCUGGGCCUCAAGCCAGACUCCCUGUUUGUGGACUCCAUGUUCACGCUGGCCGAUAAAGAUGGCAACGGAUAUCUGUCCUUCCAAGAGUUCCUGGAUGUCAUCGUUAUCUUCAUGAAGGGCUCCCCAGAGGAAAAGUCCAAGCUGAUGUUCUCCAUGCAUGACAUCGCUGGCAAUGGUUUCUUAUCCAAGGAGGACUUCACAAGGAUGCUCAGGUCGUUCAUUGAAAUCUCCAAUGGCGCUCUGUCUAAGAGCCAGGCGGACGAGGGGAUACUGGCCAUGCUGAAGACGGCUGGCUUCGAAGACAAGGAGCUAAUCACCUGGGAGGACUUUCAUUUCCUCCUGCGGGACCACGAGAAAGAGCUGCAGUUCUCCGAGCUCAAUGUCAAAGGAAUGGAGCAGCAGGGGAAGAAGAGGUUCAGUCGAGAACAACGUGUCUCCUUCAUCUGCCCGGCCAACAGUAGAGGCCGAAGUAAAGUAGAGACAAAUUCACAAUUUUGCAUCCAAAUGAUUGAGACGGCGAAACAGGAGCUACGCAGGCGGCAGAGGAAGAAGUCGUCCCUGGCGUCCCCUAAGGUCUACGUGAAGCCGAGGCGAGAUCACUAUGAGCGAAACCCCAUCCAGCAGAAGAUCCAGGAGUUCAAGCGCUUUGUGGAGAACUACCGCCGCCACAUCGUUUGUUUCCUCGUGGUCUACGGUAUCGUGGCCGGUGUGAUCAUCGAGAGAUGCUACCACUACGCUCUGCAGGCCGACGCGUCUGGUGUCCCGGAGACCUCGAUGGUGGGGAUCAUCGUGUCGCGGGGCUCCGCCGCCGCCAUAUCCUUCCUGUUCCCCUACAUGCUGCUCACCGUGUGCCGCAACCUCAUCACACUGCUGCGGGAGACCUUCCUCAAUCGCUACAUCCCCUUCGACGCCGCCAUCGACUUCCACCGCUUCAUGGCCAUGAUAGCCAUCCUGAUGGCAGUUAUUCACAGCCUGGGUCACGUGGUCAACCUCUACAUCUUCUCCAUCAGUGACCUCAACAUCCUCGCCUGCCUCUUCCCCAAGGUGUUGCCCAACAAUGGAUCUGAACUUCCGCUAAAGUGGUACUACUGGUUCUUUCAAACGGUGCCAGGCAUGACUGGCGUCCUGCUGCUCUUCGUGCUGGCCUUCAUGUACGUGUUCGCCUCCCAUGUCUUCCGUCGCAUAAGCUUCCGUGGAUUCUGGAUCACACAUUACCUCUACGUUGUGGUGUACAUUCUUACGGUGGUCCACGGCAGCUUUGCCCUGCUACAAUCACCCCGCUUCUACAUCUAUCUGAUCCCCCCGGCACUCAUCUUCCUCCUGGACAAGCUGAUCAGCCUGAGCAGGAAGAAGGUGGAGAUCCCCGUCCUCAGGGCGGAGCUGCUGCCCUCAGGGGUCACCCACCUGGAGUUCAAGCGGCCCCAGGGCUUUGUGUACCGCUCGGGCCAGUGGGUCCGCAUCGCCUGCCUGAUGCUGGGCACCGACGAGUACCACCCCUUCACCCUGACCUCGGCCCCCCACGAGGAGAACCUCAGCCUGCACAUCCGCGCCGUGGGGCCCUGGACCAGCCACCUGCGGGAGCUCUACACGGAGGACCGCCUGGUGGAGCUGGGCUUUCACCCCAAGCUCUACCUGGACGGGCCCUUUGGGGAGGGCCACCAGGAGUGGAUCGACUUCGAUGUGUCUGUCCUGGUGGGCGGGGGCAUCGGGGUCACCCCGUUCGCCUCCAUCCUGAAGGACCUGGUGGUCAAGUCCUCCAACAAGGCCAAGAUCCAGUGUAAAAAGGUUUACUUCAUCUGGGUGACGCGGACCCAGCGGCAGUUUGAGUGGGUGUCUGACAUCGUACGCGAGGUGGAGGAGAUGGACACCCUGGAGUUGGUGUCGGUCCACAUCUACAUCACCCAGCUGGCCCAGAAGUUUGACCUGCGCACCACCAUGCUGUAUGUGACCGAGCGCCACUUCCAGAAGGUGUGGAACCGGAGUCUGUUCACAGGCCUGCGCUCCAUCACCCACUUCGGCCGCCCGCCCUUUGUGGCGUUUUUGAGCUCCUUGCAAGAGGUGCACCCAGAGGUUCAUAAAAUGGGCGUGUUCAGCUGUGGACCUCCGGGACUGACCAAGAACGUGGAAAAGGCCUGCCAGCAGAUGAACAAGAAGGACCAGGCCCACUUUGUCCAUCACUACGAGAAUUUCUAACCCCAGCGCCUGGCUCACCAGAGAGUCGGAUAUGGAGAGAGGGAGUCCAAGUUAGAGUAGAAACAAAUGCAGUGUUUACAAUGGAAGAUAAGCUGAUGUUCAAGAUUCUGGGUUUGCAAGUUGAAAUUCCCAUUAUUUCUCAAAGCUUUACGUCGCUUUCUCAGUGCCUUAUCCACAUUGAUCUGUAAUGUACAUCUUUCAUAUAACUAUUUUCUGGAAUUUUAACAUAGUGGUGUGCUGUUUAAACCACGGAAAUAAGAGCGACUAAAUAAAGUGCCUU